CAAUCACUCAGCCUGGCGGCAUCACAAAUGAGACCUUUCUCGAAAGGCCUUUCGGCAUCUUCGCGUCUUGUGUCGAAGUCGAAUGGAGGUUGAGAAGGAGGAUGAUCCUUCGGGAUUGCCCUUCCACAGAGGACUACUGCGAAACCAAUACUGGACCUUCAUAGUCCAUGCUCCUACUCUUUAUGAGAUUCCCACAGGAGCGUGGCUCCUUGCGUACCAACAUUUGACCAUCGAUUGUCUCUAUUUUACAGAUAAGGAGGGCUUGUAAUGAGAGGGACGGAUAUGGAGGAUAAUGACACAAGUUUUGUCUUCUCGUG